AUGCCACGACCCACACUUGCCGACGAUGACGACGUGAGCUCGCCGCUCGGCCGUCGUGUGAGAUCGUCGCGCGGCGCGAUCGAGUCGUUUCGCGAACAUUCGACCUCACUGCCACGUGGCAUUCGUCGGUCUAUCCGAGCUCUCCUUCUCGCCGUCGCCAUCGUCUUAAUCGCCACAGCUCCGACCACGUUCAGCGAAAGUGAUAAAAGCGAAAGCAGAAGCGGCAGGAGCGGCAGCAGAGAGAGAAGCGCGAGCAGUAAGAGCAGGGACCUGGAAGUUUCUCAAACGCGUCUGGGGGAACGUGCGUUCGAGCACGUAGGUGAUACAGGAACUAGUCUAGAAUAUGUUGGUGACGAUGGUGGUGGUCAAGAGCUUCUAGUCUCUAAAGGUAACUCUAAGCAGGGAUCAGACGAGGAUUUGGAUCAGCUGUUUGGGUAUCGUGAGGGGGAUGCCGAUGGGAGUGGUUAUAAUGAGGAUGAUGGUGUUUAUGGUGAUAAUGAUGAUCGUGACAAUAACGAGGGUAAUGAUGAUAAUGUGGAUAGUGACAUUGAUGAUGGGUUAUUCGAGGAUGGAAUGGAACAUGUACACGAGGAGGAUGGAGAGUUUGAAGAACACCAUAACGAGUCUCCUUAUGACGAGGACGUUGAUUUGGAGGGCUGGGAUGACGCGGAUGAUGGCGAGUUUGACGUGGGUGAUGACGUGGUUGGUGCUGACGUGGACGAUGAUGGUGAUGAUGAUGAUGCGUAUGAUAAUAAAUCAGAUCACGGUUCGGGAUCCGAUUGGGAUUCGAUACCGGAAAUAGAUCCGGAUUUCGAUCUGGCCGACAUUUUUGCGUAUGAGAGGGAAGGUUCUGCGAUGAUGCCGCUGCCAGAGAGGGAGGCGCGAUUGGUGGACGCGUUGCUGACGUGGAUGGAGAAGCACGGGGACCAAUCGGUGGAAGAGGGUGUACGAUCAAAGAUCCAGGUCCUAGCCAUUUCCUCCCCCGCCUUCUACUCCUGCGCGCCCCCCUCCCCCCCGCUCCCCCCGCGCCUCCCCCUGGGCGUCCUAGCCUCCGCCACCACCCCCGCUGGCUCCCCCCUCGCCGCCAUCCCCUUCCCCCUCUGGCUCUCCCGACUGCACGGGGGGUGGGAUUUCCCCCUCUCCCGCCCCGCCCCUCCUCCCCCCGCCCCUUACAAGAACGCUGGCGACGAUGUGACUGUAGCCGCGUGGCUGUUAAGGGAGUGGAGGAAGGGUAAAGAGUCUUUUUAUUCCCCGUGGAUUAAUCUCCUGCCGGGGUAUGUGCCGCUGCCGCUUUUCUGGGAUGAGGCGACGCUGGGGGAGUUGGAUAGUGGGGAGGCAAUAGAGAGAGUAGAGGAGGCGAUUAGGUAUGCGGAAGAGGCGUUUUCUCUCUGCUCGGAUGAGAGUAUUGCGGGUGCUUCUAUGGAUGAGUUCAAAUGGGCGGUUGCGAUCGUGUGGUCGCGAUCCGUGCCGAUCUCGGCCGUUGGUUUGAAGGGCAGGGGGAAAAGAGGGAGGAGGAGGGGGAGGGGGGGAAGGAGAGAGGGGGGAGGGAGGGCGGAGGAGGAGGGGGAGGACGAGGAGGAGUUUUGGCAGUAUAUGGAGGAGGAGGCGGAGAAGGAAGCUGAGGAGGGAGAGGGGGAGGGAGGGGAGGGGGCGGAAGGGGAGGAGGUGCACAUGUUGCUGCCGUUACUGGAUCUCUUCAACCACGAGUUCUACUACACAGCAGACUGGCAGCCCACCAUCCACUCCUCCACCGCUGACAUCAACAUCUUUGCUGCUGACGUCAUCUCGCCAGGCCAGCCAAUCAGCGUGGGCUAUGGCUCGAUGGACACCGCCCAGUUCCUGCUGCUGUACGGCUUCGUGCCGCCCAACAACCCGUUUGACCGAUUCGUCCUCUUCGAAAACGCCGAUGCACUUCUUGACUACUACGAGACAAAAUAUCUUGGUGCCACGUCAGGACGAUUAACGGGAGGAGAAGGCACGUUUUCAGAAGGAGAAGAAGGAAUGGGAGGAGGCGGAGGAGGAGGAGGAGGAGAAGGAGGAGGGGCAGCAGCAGCAGCGGGUUCUGAUGCUGGUACUGUAGCUGGAACUGAUGCUAAUAAUGAAUCAGACUAUACUGAGAAAUACCCGUGGCUGACUGGUUCGUUCGACCGGGACUUGGCUGCAGCUUCGGUAACCUCCGCCAUAGCUGCAGUGGAGGCUCGGCAGGCGGACUACACAGCCGAGCACGACUUGGAUCGGCAGCUGCUAGGCAUGGCAGCAGGAGCGGUGGCAGGUUCGGAAGCACUGGCGAUAGGCCGGGAGGGGUAUGUGGAUGCACGGCUGCUAGCUGCUCUGGCUGCGAUCGGCAUGCCAACACAUGACCCUGCCUUUAACUUCCAGGGCUUAUUCAAGACCAUUCUGCACUUGGUGUUUCGGGAUGGGGUCACCUAUAUUACACUCAAGCAGCAAUGGACCGUGUUCCUCUUGUGCUCCCUUCCCUCCACCCCACCCCUUUCCCUCCACCCCUUCAGACCCUGCCUUUGA